UCUGUGUUGUCUCCACGGCAUGGAACAAAGGCGAUGCGGAUGUCGGAGGGAGCGACGCUGGUGGUUGGCUUUCGUGCUUAUUUUGUGCAAUGGAGCACGUGCCCAGCUCAGAUAUUCCAUAUCAGAGGAGGUUGAAAAGGGGACUGCGGUCGGGAACAUAGCAAAGGAUUUGGGGCUGGAUAAGGGCGCGCUGCGAGGGCGAGGGUACCGCAUCGUGGCCGGCUCAGCUGAGCCCAUCGUGGAGGUGAACCGGGACGACGGCAUCUUGUACGUGGCGAGGAGGAUCGACCGAGAGGAGGCGUGCGAACGCAGCGGCCCCUGCGUGGUCAACCUGAAAAGCGUGCUUGAACAUCCACUCGAGGUGCACUACGUUGCGGUGGAAAUAUUAGACAUCAACGACCACUCGCCUGUUUUUCUCGAAAAAGAAAAAAGGUUUGAAAUCUCUGAGUCGGCCACGCCAGGAGCUCGGUUCCAGCUCCAAGGGGCUCGAGAUCCCGACGUGGGCCAAUUCUCCAUCCAACAAUAUAAACUCGGGCAAAGCGAAUAUUUCCGCGUGGAGGUGAAGGAUAGAGGCGAGGAUCGCAAAGUGCCAUUUUUAGUCUUGCUCAAGCAGUUGGACAGAGAGACGAAAGGAAGGCACCGCCUCCGCCUCACCGCCGUCGACGGGGGGAAGCCCCCCAAGUCGGGCUCCGUCGACAUCAUCGUGGACGUCCUCGACGUCAACGAUAACUCUCCUGUCUUUGACAAGGAGCUUUAUUCCGUCUCCCUGGAAGAAAACGUGCCAGCGGGCACCGUCGUCAUUCAGGUGAACGCGACGGAUUCGGACCAGGGCGCGAAUGGUGAAGUCGUGUAUUCAUUAGGGAAGGAGGUGGAUCCAAACGUGCUACGUCUUUUUAGUAUCGACCCAAAGACGGGUGCAGUUCAAGUGACAGGCCACCUUGAUUUUGAGGAAAGUCAAAGCUAUGUCAUUGAUAUUCAGGCGUCUGAUAAAGGACCAGUUCCUCUCACAACUGAUAAGAGCGUUUUGAUAACAAUCAUUGACGUGAAUGAUAACGCCCCCGAGAUUGAGGUGACGUCAUUUUCUAACUCCAUCAAGGAGGACGCAAAGAUAGGAACCGCUGUGGCUCUGAUUAGUGUCAGUGACUUGGACUCUGGAAUGAAUGGUAAAGUGCUCUGCUCCAUCAAACAAGAUGUUCCUUUUACAUUAUCGCCAUCUUUACAAGAAAACAUGUACGCCGUCGUCACAAAGUCCCGAUUGGAUCGGGAACAUGUUUCUCGAUAUGAGGUCACCAUCACGGCAAAGGACACCAACGAGCCGGUGUUUUCGACUGAAAAGACCAUAACUGUUGUCGUGUCAGAUGUCAAUGACAACAAUCCGGAAUUUACGUCGAGCCCAUACACAUUUUAUAUCGCCGAGAACAACGUCCCUGGAGCCUCUGUGUUUUCUGUCAAAGCUUCUGAUCAGGAUGAAGGUGACAAUGCUGUCAUUUCUUAUCAGAUCAUCCGAGAGGCAAGCGCAGACACUAAACUCUUGUCGUUUAUAAAUAUCAACCCAGAAACCGGGGAGGUAAUGGCGCUGAAGAGUUUUGACUUUGAGACGCUGAAAAGCUUCCAGUUCCAGGUGUCGGCCACCGACGGCGGAAGUCCUCCGCUGAGCGGCAACGUGACGGUGAAGGUGUUCAUUCUGGAUCGGAACGACAACGCUCCGGUCAUCCUGUAUCCGCUCGGCUCCAACGGUUCCGCCCGAGGCGCGGCGGAGAUUCCCCGCGACGCCAAAGCGGGAGACUCGGUGACGAAAGUCCGAGCCUACGACGCCGAUACGGGAUAUAACGGCUGGUUACUGUUUUCGCUGCGGCCGCUCGGCGAGCGCGCUCUCUUUUCUCUGGACCGCUAUACGGGCCAGAUCAGAACACUUCGCCCGUUCACGGAGACGGACGAGGCCGAGCAUCGACUGCUCGUACUGGUCAAAGACAACGGCGACGUUUCGCUCUCGGCCACGGCGACCGUGACCGUCAAACUGGCGGAGCCCAAAGAGGCUUUCGCGGCUUCCGACCACGCGGGAAGCGCGGCCGAAGAGGACGAGCGCGAGGACCGGGUGACUUUUUAUCUGGCGCUGACUUUGGGCUCGGUCUCGCUGCUUUUGGUCAUCAGCGUGGUGGUGCUGAUCGCCAUGCGCUGCUCCAAAUCCGCAGAGUCCACUUCCAAAUAUCUGCGAGACCCUCAUUACGACGGCACGCUGUGUCACAGCAUCCAGUACAGAUCGGGAGACAAACGCUACAUGUUGGUCGGACCCAGAAUGAGUAUUGCUUCCGCCGGCGUCCCGGGCAGCCACGCCGGCACGCUGGUGCUGCCCGACGCCAGACGCGCGGCCGCAGGGGAGGUAAGACAGACCUUUUCCAAUUGUAGUAUUUUGAAUGGCUGUGUUUCAUUGCAUCGUGGAUUUUUAUGGACAUCAAUUAAAUAUGGAAAUAUUGAUGCUCAUUACAGAAUGAUGUUGCUGGAAUGAGCUUGGUUAGACCAGUGGAACGA